GUUCUCAGAGGGCCCGCCACAUGGAAGUUGUUUCUGGAUGCUGCCGACAUUAUUUGCGCGUGUCGCCGUCGCGUACAUCGCACUCAUGACUGGAUGACCCCGCUGUCGUGAUCGGGGUAUGUGCUAGAUCUAUUCGUACUGCACAGUGCUUCGAUUAUCCGAAUCUUAUCUCUGGCCAUAUAGUCGCAAUGUUUAGCCGUAUAGACCCCGGAUACGAGAUCAUUGUGUACCGUAUCGGCUUUGACUCUCUUGGCGGCGAGUUGUGGCUUGCUUCACCGAGUACCUUAAAAGGAAAGAACAACAACAUCACGCCCAGCAGAGAGCGAAAAGAAUCAAUAUACCUCAUGACCAGCAUCUAUGCGCUCGCUUGUCGUACAUUGAGGGUGGAUUGGCAGACGUAUCCUCAGCAGCACAUACUAGUACUGCAGGCCUCGCCGCGCAUGCGCUACAUGCUCCAUCCAUGAAAAAUCUUUGGUGAGUGUGUCAGGUGGUACACGAGCGAGCUCCGAUAUUUUCCUCGCCAUUGUCCGGCAUGAUCGUGGUAUGUUCAGACAAUCG